AUGACUCCACAGGAUGCCCUCAACCAUCCCCGCCCCCAUCCUCACUCCCUCUCCGCAUUCACCGCCGUCUCGCAAUACCCCUACGCCAUCCCCUCGGACUCGCAACCGCAACCCGUGUCCGAGGUCGUCAACGCCGCCGUGAUCAAUCGCGACCCGUUACCAAGAUUUAAUCCCGGAAACCCGGUAAACACAAAUAACAACACAGAAACAGAACUCGAAACAGACGAAGAACUCCUCCGCUCGCGCCGCCACAACUCCUCCGAAGACCCCUUCACCACAGGCUAUGGCUACGGACAGGUCCGUCGCGGCAGCGAUCGCCGUCGCUGGAUGAUCAUGACGGCAGAAGACGGCCGCGGGAGCGAAGUGGAGAUUGAGUCGCCGCUUGGGGAUGUAAGAUCUGUUUCGCCGGUGGGGAUACUUAGGGAGGAGGAUAGGGGCGCGGAGGGAGAUGAGUUUAUGGCGCCGGAUCCGGAUCCGUUUGAUCCUAUUGGUCAUCCGCGGGGGGGCAGGGGCAGUUAUGACUAUGAUGAUGGUUAUGAUGAUGGUACUCCGGGGAUUGGUCUUUUUGGGCCAAGGCCUGCGGGGGCAGGGAUGCGUGGUUUUGAAGAUGAGGGGGUUGGGCUGACGCGCAUGGCGCAGAUGUUUGAUGAGGAUGAUUUUGAGGAAGAGGCGGACGGAGGGGGAAGGGGAGGGGGAGAUAUGAAUUCGCAGUAUAGUAUGAAUUUUUUGGGUGAGGGGGAGGCUGAUGAGAAUGGGCUUGAGGAGAAUGAGAAUGAAGAUGACGGCCAGGGCGGAGAGGAGAUUGUUAUUGGUGGUGGUGGUGGUGGAAUGGGAAUGCUGAAUGUUGGCGCACACAAUAUGGCGAUGCUUGAUGAUGAGUUCCCGGUGACUACGUACGAGCGGAAUUUCACUAUCGACCAGUUCGUCCAACAAUGGGUGUGCCAGUCACAUGCACAAAUCGGAAGUGACCAACUCUUCAUCGCACCACAGCGCAGCUCAAUCCUCCUCAGCGCAAAUCGCCCAGAAAAAGUCGUCCGUCCCGCCGGCGAUGACAGAGUGGACUUUUUCGAUCUCCAGCGGAUCCCCUGGUGGGAGACGUUGAGAGCUAAGCGCGCAGACGCACGCACGCAGCGCGAUUUGUGGUAUCGACCGUACAUGAACUUGCAGCACACGCCGCAUGAAACGGCCAAGAGGAUACGGCCGAAUGAGUUCUACUUUCGCGAAAAGGCCAUGUACAGCAAGCAUCGGGCGUCGAUUGAGCAUUUCCAGCUGCGCAAUUUGAUGUCUGUCCCGGCGUAUAACACGGUGCACUUUGCUAGUGAAUGGCGGCUUUAUUCCUGGAUUCCGGCGUACGACGACCUAACCUGUCUGAUGGACCUAUCACGCCCGACAACAUGGGAAAACAGCGUCUUCCAUAGCCCCGUCAAGAUCUCCACAAUGAAAACCGCCCACGGCGUCUCAAUCGUAGGCGGAUUCGCCGGCGAAUACGCCAUCCGCGCCGAAGGCGACACCACAUCCACAACCCUCAUACCCGGCACAACAACCCCAGCAUCCACCCCCAGCACCCACGGCUUCGUCACCCGCGACCUCAACGGCAUAACCAACCACAUCGACAUAAUCCCGCACCGCACCUCCCGCAACCCAAUGGGCAUCUUCGCCUCCAACGACAACCACCUCCGCACCCUCGACAUCGAAACUGACACCUUCAUCUCCGACUACGACCUCUCCCGCGCCGUAAACUGCACCUCCACAUCACCCGAUGGCCGCCUGCGCGUGGUAGUAGGCGACUCACCAGACGCCCUCAUCAUCGAAGCAGACACUGGCCGCCCGGUACAACCCCUCCGCGGCCACCGCGACUUCGGCUUCGCCUGUGCCUGGUCACCCGACAUGCUACACGUCGCGACGGGGAACCAAGACAAAAUAACCAUAAUCUGGGACGCGCGCAUGUGGAAACCCCUCACCAUGCUCUCCUCCGAUAUCUCUGGCUACCGGUCCCUCCGCUAUUCCCCCGUCGGCGGCGGCCCCCGCACACUACUCAUGACUGAACCCGCAGACAGAAUCACAAUCGUUGACGCGCAGACAUACACAACCCGACAAGUGCAUGAUUUCUUCGGCGAAAUUGCCGGCGCGGAUUUCAGUCCGGACGGCGGGGAGAUCUGGGUUGCGAAUUCUGAUGAUGUGUAUGGUGGGUUUAUGGAGUUUGAGAGGAGGGCUUGGGGAAAGGGAAUUGAGGCUGGGGAGGAAGAGUUGGGGGAUGAUGGGAGGUGUGUUGUGGGUGGUGCGAGGGAGAGGGGGAUGAGGUUUUUGGGGGGGUUGAGUUGGGAGGAGUAUGAGAUGUUGUUACUUUAG